CAUGGUAAGAAGACGGAACUUCCAGGAUACCUUGAAGCCUCUUUUCCCCCCGCCGAGAAGACUGUUAAAGAGACAGAAAAUAAGAAAAAAGUAGAAAAAUCCAGGAUUUUUGCGGAACUGUGACUAGGCAACAGCAACCUUUACUUUCUCAAGCAAAAGGUUGUCAUUUAAAUUGAGGAACGAAAAAUUCCAUUACAGCUUUUAAAAGAUUUUCAUGAGUGUUGUCUUCCUCCACUUAGAGCUCUGUAUUUCCGAGAACUUGAUUCCCUUUGAAAACGGAGGUAAAUUGCAAAAUUGGACUUUGGAGUGCAUUCACUCCAUUUAUUCUCUAGUUGCCUGACUAUAGAGGUUGUAAUGCUUUGGUUUUUGCUCUCUGUCAGACCAAAGCAUUGGUGGGCAUCAUCAUCAAAUAAAUAAUAUAAAUUGAGCUCCAGAAGAUUUGUGUUUUCAGAGCAAGGAAAGUAGCUGUUUUCUAUGCUUAAGACUAAAUGUAGUUUCAUACCAACAAUGGUAUACAAUGACUGUGUUCAUUAUACAACCCUCAUUUUUGUUGUGGCAGAUAAGUUUAAUGUUUUACCUUUCCUUCCUUCCUUCCUUCCUUCCUUCCUUCCUUCCUUCCUUCCUUCCUUCCUUCCUUCCUUCCUUCCUUCCUUCCUUCUUACCUACCUACCUACCUUCAUACCUUCCUUCAUAACUUUGUACCUACCUAGCAGUAUCUUGUGUCAUGAAAUGUUCCCAGAAUUUAACAGCUUACAGUACAUGUUGUCAAGGGCCCACAUUUUGUUCAUGUGACUGGGGAUGCUGCUAGAGUCCUAAGUGCAAGAACCAGUUGUAAAUCACAUUUUUCAGUGGUGCUGUAACUUUGAACAGUCAGUAAACAAAUGGUUGUAAAUUGAGAACUGUGAAGUAUCACCUACCUAUGGAUUUAAUACCUCUUUCUCGGAACUAUUCAUCUGAUGAAAAGUGAUUCGCCAAAAAAUGAUAAUUUGUUAGUUUGAUUUUGUUUAUAUAUUUUAUUGUUUUUACAGUACACUGAAGUCUAAUAGAGCUACUCUUCGAUAAACCAAGUGUAAUUAGUUAUCUGUAACAUGCUGGUAUUCUUGUCUUAUUGUUUGCUUGCCUUUCUAUUAUAGCUCUUAUAUUUAUUGUAUUUUAUUUGCAUUGCUGGCUGAGGAAUUCUGGGAGUUGAAGUCCACAAGUCUUAAAGUUGCCAAGGUUGAAGAUGUCUGGUCUAAUGGUUAAGGCGUCAGACCAGAAAGCAGAAGGUUGUGAGUUAAAGUUCCACCUUAGCCAUGAAAUGUAUAAGUCACCCAGUUGGGUGACUUUGGGCCAGUCACUCUCAGCCCAAUCAACCUCAUAGGGUUGUUGUUUUUGUGGGGGAAAUAGGAGGAGGAAAGUGUGUUGGAUAUGUUUACCACCAUGAGUUAUUUGUAAACAUAAUAAAGGCAGGAUACAAAUUAAUAAAAAUAUCUGUUGUAAGAAAAGAUAAAAGAUAAGACAAGAGAUCAAAAGGGGCAGAAUGGAAUACAAAUGAUAUGCUCAGUUUUCUUUCUAUGACUGUAUCAACCCUUUGUGACUGUAUCCUAGGUUCUUCAACAAUUAAUACUGCCUGCCAAAGGGUUUAGAAUCUCAACAAUGCCAUACCUUGGUUCAGAGGAUACAGUGAAGGAGUUGAAGAGAGCCCUGUCCAACCCUCAUGUGCAAACUGAUCAUCUUCGCUAUAGGAAUGUUAUCCAACGAGUGAUCAGGCAUAUGACCCAAGGUGUAGAUGUGUCCAGUGUUUUUAUGGAGAUGGUUAAAGCUAGUGCUACCAUAGACAUUGUUCAGAAGAAACUAGUGUACUUGUAUAUGUGUACAUACGCUCCCUUGAAGCCUGAUCUAGCUCUUUUAGCUAUCAAUACUCUGUGCAAAGACUGUUCAGACCCCAACCCUAUGGUUAGAGGUCUGGCCCUGCGCAGCAUGUGCAGUCUGAGGAUGCCUGGCAUACAAGAAUAUAUUCAGCAGCCAAUCCUGAAUGGUCUACGAGACAAAGCUUCUUAUGUGAGGAGAGUAGCUGUUCUUGGAUGUGCAAAGAUGCAGAAACUCCAAGGAGACUGUGAAGUGGAUGGUGCACUAGUUAAUGAGUUAUAUAGUUUGCUUCGGGAUCAGGAUCCUAUCGUGGUGGUAAAUUGUCUGAGGGCUCUUGAGGAAAUUCUGGCACAUGAAGGAGGAGUUGUAAUCAACAAACCCAUUGCCCACCAUCUUCUUAAUAGGAUGCCAGAUCUAGAUCAAUGGGGGCAGAGUGAAGUGCUGACUUUUCUGCUGCGAUACAAACCUCGCUGUGAAGAAGAGCUUUUUGAUAUCCUGAAUUUACUCGAUGGAUACCUUAAAAACAGCAGUUCCAGUGUAGUGAUGGCUGCCACAAAACUCUUCUUGGUGCUGGCUAGAGACUUCCCACAUGUCCAGGCAGAUGUGCUUGUAAGAGUUAAAGGUCCACUCCUAACAGCAUGCACAUCUGGGAGUAGAGAACUCUGUUUCACUGCUUUGUGUCAUGUGCGCCAGAUAAUAGACAGCCUUCCUGGCCAUUUCAGUAGCCAAUAUAAGAAGUUCUUCUGUUCUUACUCGGAACCACAUUAUAUCAAGUGCCAGAAAAUGGAAGUGCUGUGCAAGUUGGUGAAUGAUGAAAAUGUUCAGCAUAUAUUGGAGGAACUGAGAGACUAUUGCACUGAUGUGUCAGCAGAGCUUGCCCAGGCAGCAAUAUUUGCUCUAGGAAAGAUUGCAAGAACCUACUCAGAACAAUGUGUGAGGAUUCUAACAGAACUCCUUGAGCUGAAACAAGAACAUAUAACAUCAGCUGUAGUACAAGUGUUCCGAGAUCUAGUAUGGUUAUGUCCACAGUGUAUAGAGUGUGUGGCCCAGCCUUUGUCUGGCUGCGAAGAAAUCAUCCAGGACAGUGAGGGAAAGCAAGCAUUAAUCUGGCUUCUGGGUGUACAUGGAGAAAGAAUUCCCAAUGCCCCUUAUAUAUUAGAAGAUUUUGUGGAGAAUGUAAAAUCAGAACCAUUCUCAGUUGUCAAGCUGGAACUACUGACGGCUGUGGCCCGGCUCUUCAUAGCACGUCCCGCUGAAUGUCAGGAUACCCUGGGUCGAUUACUUUAUUAUUGCAUUGAGGAGGAAAAAGACAUGGCAGUUCGGGACCGUGCAUUAUUUUACUAUCGCCUAUUACAAGCUGGUGUGGAAGAAACAAAAGGAAUUCUGUGCAGUCCGACAUCAGAUCGUUCUCUCCAUCUUUUAGAAGAGCAGACAGAAAGUUCCAUUAACGAAUGGGUCCAUGACUUUAAUUCCUUGGUGCCCAUCUAUGGCAAAGAUCAAUGGGCAGCUAUGACAGCUAGUCGAGUAGUUGAUCUCCACUGUGCAGACUCCAGCACAGGUGAUUCCAAAAGAGAAGCCAAAGUGCCGCUGAUGUUGGAAAAGGAGGAGGACGACCCUGUUACUAAUGCCAGUUCCAGUAGCCUUACCUUAAUAUCUAAUCUAUGUCUGACUGCAGAGCAGUUUGAGAGGACAUGGCUAAACUUCACUGUUGGCUGCCAGCAAGCCAUUCCUUGGCAGGAAUCCGUGCAGCCAGAGACUUUGCAGGCUGCCCUGCAGAUGGUCCAUAUUCAGACUAUUGCAAUGAGCAAGCCUGGUUCACAGUCAUGGAAAAUCUACCUAGGGGCACAGGAUGACACAGGUUGCUUUUUCCUAACUGAGCUGCAGCUGGAAAUAGGAAGUGCAGAGAUGCAGAUGUUAGUGAAGCAGACUGAAAACAAGCUAGAAGCCCUACAGGCAUUUGUCUCACUCUUGAAGACAGUUCUGGAGACAGUGGCAGGCCUGACAUCCUGAUUUUUUUCUAAUUUUUGGAGUUAGUCAUAACCAGGAAGAGACAGCGAUUUUGUUUAUGGUUUAUUUAUUGUAUUCUUUAGAUGAAACUGUAGGUCUUACAACUUGUCAGUAAAGGCUUUCUACAGCAUAACUUUUAAUACAAAUGAAAACUCUGUUUAGAAAAAUAUGCAGAGAAGCCAACCACCCUCAAAAGGCCAAAUAUGAAGAACAUGUCUAUCGACAAACAAAGGGAACUUUGCAUUUAUCUACAGAAUUAAAAUGGAAGAGCUGAGAUUUAAGGAGCAUUUGUGUGUCCGGAAGAUGACACUUAGUAAUGUUCCCUCUAACUUCUGAUAGCUUCGUAUGGAAAAAAAUGUUUUGUGCAGCUUUUCUUAAACCAAGUACAUUUUUUUUUUGCCACAAUAUGAGUAUAUGAGUAAAUUGCAAAUUAAAAAAUACCAAUUAUAAUUUUAUUUCUGCUUAAUUUAAAAUUUAUUUAUUUAUUAAACUCAUACAGCCACCUGUUUUAAAUAGAACAAUCUUAGGAGGCUCAUAAUAAAAUCAAUAAAAACAAUAAAACAUGUCACUCAUACACAAAGGAGCACAGUCCCUUUCCAUUGUUCUCCAAUUCAUAAGGGUAAUCAAUAUUUUGUAUGCAUCUAAAAUAGUUUCAUUGGGUAGGGAAACUUGAUAUUGUAAUAAAAACACCUAAAGAAAAAAAUGCAUUAUACCUGGCCUGUGUGUUCUCACUGUUUAUCUUUUACUCUCUCACGAUUAACCACUCCAGAUCCUUGUUUUCCACGGGUAAUGUAUCAUCAAGGGGACACGGUGGCUCAGGGGCUAGGACGUUGAGCUUGUCGAUCGAAAGGUCGGCAGCUCAGCGGUUCGAAUCCCUAGAGCUGCCGUGUAACAGGGUGAGCUCCUGUUACUUGUCCCAGCUUCUGUCAACCUAGCAGUUUCGAAAGCACGUAAAAAUGCAAGUAGAAAAAAUAGGGCCCACCUUUGGUGGGAAGGUAACGGCAUUCCGUGCGCCUUUGGUGUUGAGUCAUGCCGGCCACAUGACCAUGGAGACGUCUUCGGACAGCGCUGGCUCUUUGGCUUUGAAACGGAGGUGAGCAGCGCCCCCUAGAGUCGGCAACGACUAGCACAUAUGUGCGAGGGAAACCUUUACCUUUAAUGUAUCAUCU